AUGUCUUCCAAUAACAAUAUCUCCAAAACCCAGUCCAACCGUCUCCCAGCACCUGCUCUCUUCGUCGGCCCGCCCUCACACAAUGCUUCCAAUUCCUCCCUCCUUUCUCCGGGCCCCUCGUCCGACAAACCGUCCCGCACCCCACUAACCCGCCAACGCUCUCUACUCGGCCAAGACCCCUCCAAACGUCCCCUCCCACCGACUACCACCUCGCAAUACGAUGGCGACCAUCUCAGCCUCACUGCUUCAAAUCCCACUGCACCCUUCAUCCGGCGGCAGAAGCAGCAAAGCCAAGCUGCGGACGCCGAAGCUAGCUCUAGAGCGGAGGCAAUAUGGGCCGAGAUGCAGAACACACUGGAGGAAGUGGAACUGAGCGCUAUCAAAGGGCCGGGGAUGACAGUAUUCGGGAGUGAGCAUUCACGUGCACUGGACGAGCUCCGCCGUGCACAAAUCGACCUUGCAAAAGCAUGGGCGCGCUCUGAAGCCGAAGAAUCGGGCGAAUUCUCCGAAGAAAAGAAAACCGCCGAAGGCACAGAUGCCACGGACCUUCUCGCAACAGACCGCAUCACAAAGCUUGGUAGUAAUGAGUCUAGCAGUCCAGGUGGGCUAGGAGGCGCAUUCGAGCGAAGCAAGCUUGAAGAAGAGACGGAGAAGGAUAUCGAGCUGAGUCGCAAGAGGAGGGAAGCGAAUGAUCGGUAUUUUGAGAAGGUGAAUAAGGGCGUGUUAGAGGUAGUAAGAGAUUUGGAGGGAUGGGGCAAGUGUGGACACGGAGAGUGUGACGACGGCGCCGAGCGUGACCUGAGAGGCAAGCGAUCCUUCUCCGGGCCGUUGAACAUCCCGCGCCCACCAGAUCCUCCUACCGGCUUCCGAAUACAUCCGCCCAUCUCCGCCCAUCUACGGAUAAUUCCCCUUGGCCACACCGCUUUGUCUUACAUCGAACAUGUCGAACUACAGCGCGAGCGCUUCUAUUUGGUCACGCUGUAUAUUAACACUAUCACCUACACUCACAUGUUCACCUAUCUAAGAACUGCUUAUCUUCGGAAGUUCGGCAUUCUCCCCGUCUCUCCAAGAUAUAUAGAGCUUCCACCCGGUCUUCCCACCUUCAGCCCGGUUCUAGAUUCCGCAGGGGUAUCUCGACCACUCUGUGACUUAUUCAACUCGGCACUAACACAAUACUUUGGCAUGAGUCUGUUAUUUGCCAAGAUCCUCCUCCUUCACUUCUUUUCCACGCUCGCCAUAGCCUUCCCUACCUCCUCGGCCGUCAAUGGUUCGGUUCUCCUCCGCAGCAAUGUCCCAUCCUGGUAUGGCCCAGUGUGCCAUGUGAUCAUCUAUCUGGAGCAGCGCUGCCGCGACGCGGGUAAAAAGCGUGACUCAAAAGUCGACACUUUUGCCCGAUUCGUAAUCUUGUGGACAAAAGACAACAAAGACACCAACAUGAUGGAUCUAACCGGUGACAUUGGCUAUCCGGACCUCAAGAACGUCUAUGAUGUGGACGUGGGCGAGAUCAAAGGCGAACUCGGCUUCUACUUCCGCUGGAAGUACUACCAGGGAAAGGCAUGGGUGGGCAACGACGCAAACCAUCAUUGGGACAAGAUGACCUUCCAUGCGCCCAAGGACGACAUGGAACGCCAGGAUGAUGAUGAGACUUGCGCUCCCAAGAUCUGGAGUGAGGCGGAUGGAAGCGGCACGACCGCCGGAUGGUGGUCGCGUUGCGCGGAUGACAAAAACUAUGAGGGGCGAUCAAGGUGGCGCGAGAACAGGUGCGGCUUCAUAUGCGAGCCAACUAGGUGA